CCAAAAUCCCCCGCGCCAAACACAAACCCUAAAAAAAUCCUCACCCAAAAUGGGCAAAAGAGGCAAGCAACUAGCCAAAGAGCGACGCCAGAAUCGCCUCCAGCAAAUAUCCGAGCUCCGAAAGCAACCGAUCCCCUCUCAUCAGAGAUGGUGGUCCUCAGGUACAGUCGCAGUGGUAACCGGUUCCAGCAGAGGAAUCGGUUUCGAGAUCGCCCGGCAGCUCGCGGGCCAUGGCUUGUUUGUUGUGAUCGCGGCGAGGGAUGCCGAUCGAUGCCGACGAGCGGCGGAGGAGAUUAGAGGAGAGGGGGCGAGGAAUGUGGAUUGGCAUCGGCUUGAUAUUGAGGAUUUUGGAUCGGUGGAGGAUUUUGUGAAGUGGGUUGUUGAUAAAUUUGGAGGAGUUGAUGUUUUGGUAAAUAACGCUGGUGUCAAUUAUAACAUCGGUUCGAAUAACUCAGUUGAGCUUGCUGAGAAGGUUAUGGCCAUAAACUAUUUUGGCACAAAACGGAUGAUUGAAACCAUGAUCCCAGUAAUGAAACCUUCUCCUUAUGGUGCUCGUAUUCUAAACGUGACCUCAAGACUGGGCAGAAUCAAUGGAAGACGUAAUAGAUUAGGAGAUGCAUCCUUAAGAGACCAGCUCUCUAGAGACGACUGCCUCUCUGAAGAACUGAUCGAUGGCAUGAUUACAAAAUUUCUCGAGCAAGUUAAACAAGGAACCGGCCCAUUAAACGAAUGGCCCCAAGUAUUCACCGAUUACUCCCUUUCGAAGCUAGCAGUAAAUGCGUAUACACGGCUAAUGGCCAGAAUUCUUUCAGAGAGACCAGAAGGCCAAAAGAUAUACAUGAAUUGUUAUUGCCCAGGCUGGGUGAAGACUGCCAUGACCAAUUGGGAGGGCAAUAUGACACCUGAAGAAGGUGCUGAUACCGGUGUUUGGGCUGUGCUUCUGCCUGAUGAACCUGUCACUGGGAAAUUUUUUGCAGAGAGACGCGAGAUAAGUUUUUGAGCCGAGAGGUUCAGCUAAAGCACCGGAGAAAGUACAGAGUUACCGCAGCGAUUUAAGUUCUCCUUUGGGUCAUCUAUGUUAACAUUUUGCCUUGUGGGGAUUCUUCUUCUUAUUAUUAUUAAGUUUAUGUUAAAUUCCCAGGAUGUAAGAACAUGGUUGCAUGAUAAUAACCAGGAAGUUAAUCUCCAAUGAA